AUGUCUGAAAUAAAACAUAAUAAACCUUUACGUAGAAAACGUUUUUAUUAUAAUAAUCGUCAUGUACAAUCGAUAGUUGAUUUAAAAAAUAGUAUUUAUUGUAAAUGGUUAUUAGCUAAAACAAUUAAAUUAACAAAUAUACAACAAACAGAAGUUAAAAUUGAUUUUAUUAUACCAAUUAUUGCUUCUAAUUUAAUUAUUGAAUAUGUUGAUUUUUUUGAAAGACCAACAAUUACAGAUACAACAACAUUACAAUGUCCAAGAUGUAAUUCACCUGUUCCAGCAAUACAUGGCAUUUGUCCUAAUUGUGAUGAAAACUUUUUUCAGCAAUUAAUAAGGAAAAUUGAUACUGAUGAAGAACCUGAAGAUGAUGAUGAUCGUUGUUGUUGA